CUUUAAAUAUUCCUUUACACGCGGAUGUCAUUAUAUGGUCAUCGAAACAAACACCCGUGUAGCAAAUAUAUGUAUUCAAUAUGGAAUGUAUGGGUUCACUUCUACAAGUCUAAAACAACAAGGAUUUCCUCGCGGGAAACCAUAACAGUAAUAGAUCAAUAAAGAAGAAAUUACACUGAAGAAUGACCAUGAACCAAUGGAUUUCCAAGGCAUAGAUCUCAUGGAAGAAGAUCUUGCAACAUCAAGCUCCAAUACUGUGGAUUCCAAAUUCGACAAUACAAUAGGACAUAUAGAAGAUAUUAUCAUGGAAGAAGAAUUUCAGUCACAGCAAAGAAACUUUCUUGAGAAAUACUAUAUUGAAUUUGAAGACACUGAAGAAAACAAGUUUGUUUAUACAGACAUUCAUACAGAAUAUGUUAAUUUGGUAGAAAAGUAUUUAUCGGAUGAGCUGUCGAAACGAAUUCCAGGCUUUUCAAUGCAGGACUUCUCGAAACAGCUUGUAGACAGAAAAGACGAGUUGGAAGGAGAAAUAUUUGAAAUACUGUUGACGUUUAGUGACUUUUUAGCCUUCAAGGAAAUGUUCCUGGAUUAUAGAGCAGACAAAGAAGGCAGGACAGUUGACCUUAGUGAUGGACUUACUGUGAAAUCAAUGCAAGGGGACAUGUCCCUUGAUGGAUCCCCAUUCUCAUUAUGUGGACAUUCCAUGCAGAAACCCCAAUAACCCAUGGAGUUAGCAUUCACUGGAACAACUUGUGAUUUCAUUUAUACCGUCCACGUUUUAGCAACUACUUACACACACAGUGGCUGUCAUUAGAUGUCCCACUUCUGUAUUGAGAUGAUGGUGCCUGCAUGUCUAGCAGUUGGCAGUUCGGCAGGAUGCAGCUGUACAGUCUGUCACAGAUUACAGCUGACAAUAUAUUCCACAAUGUAAUAAAGUCUAGUUAUCUGUUUUGUGUUAUUAAGAUAUAUUUUUUUAAUUUUAAUGAAAUAAUGUGCUCUAUAUUUAAGAAACAAUGAGUAUUAGCAGGAAUAGUACAUACUCUAUAUCAUGGUUUGGUUCUAAUACUGUACAACAUGUCACCUCUCAUUCUUCUGUAUAGCAUGAAUAGAGUAUAGUUUGCAAUCAAAAUGUAUAUCUUAGUGUGUGGAGAAAUAUACUGCAUUGAGUUUUAGGUUUUACUCUUCUGUGACAGGUUAGGAAUGUGUUUCCUGAACUAAAAUGUACUGUAAUUCAUGGGGUGAAAGAUCUCAAGCAGUCAAUCAAUCUGGUUGUCCUAUGUUUGUAAUAUGUCUACAUGUGAUCUCUGUAUCAUUACAAUCUGUGGACUGUCUGGUUGUGAGACAUCAAGAACACUGGCCAGACCAUGCUAUCUUAUAUUACACAAGAAGCAUUGUCAUUUUACCUGUAUAUUCUCACAAAACUUCUUGAAUUUGUUCUGAACCGGGUUUUCUGUGAAUAAGUAUGAAAUCUUGUAUGAACUGUGUGAUGUAUCCGUCCAAUUCUAGAUUAUUCCUUUCCAACAAUUUGUGAAAGGUUGACUCAGUAGGAAAUGUUAUUUUGACACAUUGUGCAACACUGUCAAAUGUUUUGCAGUGACUGUCACAUGCUGUAGACACUGAAUUAAUGACUAGAGAGAACGGUCAAAAUGCAAAGUUUUCAUAAGAUUUUAAACAAGAUGUGUUGUAAAUGUCCUGAGGAUGUAUGAAGCCAGCAUUUACAGAUUCUUUGUGAAGCAGCUUGUUUUUAUUUAUUAAAGAUAGCUGGUCAGUGCUGUAAUUUAUGUAUGACAACUUCAGCUUGUGGCCAAACAGUGGCUCGAGUGUCCCUGGUUUAUAAACAGGAGAAAUAAAGUUACGGUGAACAAA